AUUCGAAACUGCGUGCGCGAGCUCAGUUGUCGUUUAACGUGUUUCAUACUUACGCGUUUCUACAAGUGAUUUUUAAGAGCAUAAAAGAAGAAACGGAUUUCUGUUAGAAAUGGAGGAAGCGGAAUCCGAGCCAGCGCUUUCCAGAAAAGAGAUGCGGAAGCAGAAGCUGAUGGAAUACCUGGCAGCAAAAGGAAAGCUGAAGAUGCCCACUGUGAGGUCAAAUCUUGGUGGAGACUGUCUGAGUACGAAGCCUGUGACAUCUGCACAAAAGGUUGUUACAGGGAAAGAAAACAAAGCUCCAGCUGACAGAUUCAGGCCGAAUAUCUCAAAAGGUCCAAGUGUGACUGCUCGAUCCGGACAAGACCCCCCCAAAAAAGCAUUCGGUGUCAGAAACAAAGGAAACGGCAGCAAACCUACAGGACUGCAGAACAACACUCGUCCAGCUCUGCCGAAACCCAACCGGAACCCUUUGCUCACCAGAACAUAUGAUGAUGCAUCCUUCAAGUCCCAUCUGAGUGCAGCCAUCCCGGUCGCAAAGCAGGCAAACACCAGAAUUCAGACUUCAGGCAGAGCCCCUUUAAACACAGCUCAUACCGCCAGAGUCAAAUCCAACAGCAAGGUCACCUUUGACCCCAGUUCUGCCUCAUCAAUGAUGAUGGUCGACGCCAGGAUCAGUCUCGGCCCCCUCGUCAAAACAAAAACGGGACUGACUCCUGCAGUGAUCCAGCCGAGAGCCACAAAGCCAAAUUUACCACACACCUCCGUCACUGCAGCCAGCACCACCACCACCACUCAAGCUGCUAAGAAGGUGCGGUCCAGCACUACAUCAUCAGUCUCUGUUUCCCAGAGGUCUGGCAUGGGUGUUCCUUCAGCUGCGAGAGCUAGGAAUAAAGCUCAGGGUCAAAGCAAGCUUAGCUCUAAACCAGCUUUGGGGACUUGUUCUCAAAUAUCUUCUAAGAGUCACUUAUCAAGUGGACUGAAAUCAGCGUCCACGUCUUUGAAGAGCACGGCUGCAUCUUUAAGGCCAGCGGGGAGAGGAACAGCUAAUAAAUCAGCAGGUCAGCCUGCAAACGGGUCCACAAAGACGGGAACUGAAACUAAAGGGCGCGAGAACGGCCGGCCGCUCAAAGCUGCCUUCCAAACGUCCUCGAGGCCGACAAACAGGUGCGCCUCUCGACCAGUGGGGGGGCUCAUGCAGCCUGCUGUGACUGAGAUGGGAAAGAAAACCAAGAUAACUAAAGAGACAGCUGGAAAGACGAAAAAUUGUUCUUCAAAGGCUCCUCCGCCCAAAGCUGGUGUAAAAAGUAGGAGCGCUGCGCUGGUGUCACAGAUGGUGCCGCCGCCUGCCAGGACCGUCAGCCUCACAGGCAAAGCCACAGACACGAAGACACCUAAAGUCCAGGUCAGGGUCAUUCCUCAGACUGGGGGAAAGAAACCGACUGCUGCCCAGGUGGAAAGAAUGAAGAAACUGCAGGAAUGGCGGGAGGCCAAGGGUAUUUCCUACAAACGUCCUCCAAUGGAAGCGAAACCUCAGACCAGGCACACCGUCUCCAUGCCCCAGCCUUUCUGGGCCUCCAUGAAUGAGGAAGAUGAGGCCGACUCCCUGAUCUGCACUGUAGACAGAUCUCUGGCUGACUGCAUCAAGUUACUCAGAGAGGGUUGCCCCCCGGAGCAGGUAAAGGAGGUUCUCUCCCGGCUGCCCGUGGUUUCCCAGAAGUUUUCCAAAUACUGGAUCUGUCGAGCCCGCCUGAUGGAGCAAGAAGGAAACCUGGAUGUCCUGCCCAUGUUUGAAGAGGCUGUCGGCAUGGUGCUGGAGCCUCUGGAUGAGCUGCGGACCGUCGUGUUUGACAUUCUGAAGAAAAAGGACGAAAUCGAAGCAUCUGAAGAAAAGGAUAAAGAGCUCGACCCUAUUCCAGAAAACGGUCCAGAAUGUGGCAGCGACCCAACGAUGACCCCAAAACCCGUCAGAGCGCUCAUCUAUGGUGAGAGAGGAGGCUCGUCUGUGGUCAAAUACAAGAUCACAGCAACCCCCGGUGGCCCGCCAAGUCAGCGGAGAGAAUCGGUAAAGGUCAACGGCCACGAGGUUCGCUUCUUCACGCCAGUCAGGCGGUCAGUGCGAAUCGAGAGAGCUUCGCUCCGAUACCCCACGCCCCUUCAGGACCACGACCUGUGCGUGAAGUCGUACAAUGACCUGCUCCGUGAGGACGAGAAGGAAAGAAGCGAGGAGCAGACGGGUGGAGAGCCCAGCCCGUCCAACAGUAGCCCACCGGUGUACAUUUACAGAGAGAACGAAGCUCUUAAAGACAAAGUGUUUGUCCAGCUCGUCUGCGAUGACACUGAUUAGUCUCAUUGGUUCAUUUCCUCUCAGCACUGAAACUCGUCUCCUUGUAAAUAUUUAUCCUGAUGUUCUGGGAACUUGUCCUUUUUUUACAGUGGGGAAUUUGAUACUUCCUUAUUAGUGCUUAUUUGUUUGCUCUCAUUCAUAUUAUCCUGUUCAUACAUGCAUCACACUGUUCACUUCCUAAGUACACGUUUUCCUGAUGUAUCUUUUUGUUACCACCUCGUGCUGUGUGUCCUUGUCACUCUGUAUCUUUGCCUGAGACAAUGAACUGAUGUUUUUAGCUUUUUUCUGACCUGUGUUCAGCUCCUCAUGGAGAAGACAUCGAGUUUGUCCUUCUGCUCUUGGUGUUAUUUCAUUUCUCCAAAGAAUGCGAUGUACAUAUUA